GGAGGUCUCUUUCAAGAGGAAGCCAUUCUGACUUUUAAGAGGGAGAGAGAGAGAGCCGUAAAGUAAUCGAUGAUCGUGUGCGGUUGCGUCGUGUUGUACUACAGAAUUUCAAUGCGUCACCUGUGAUAUUAUACGUCAGUCAUGUCGGCUACGGUUAUACAUAAAUUUAUAACUUUUGUAGGAUUUAUGUCUAUAUUACAUGCAGCUUAUUCUGCGGCGCAGCAUCGUUCCUACUUGCGAAUCACCGAGCAGGAGUUCACCACUUUGCCAAUUGACAUUUUAAUCCAAGGUAUAGCCAGUUUAUUUGUCGUUAUGUACGGCGUCAUGUACAUUGCUGGCGACUUCAAAGAGAUUCGGGCGGUUGUCGAUUUGGAGAAUAAAUCUUGGGAGACGCUGCGAAAUUUACCAUCCUUUCAAGUAUUUAAUCAUCGUGGAAGAUCUCUGUCCUCGGAAUACAUCUCAGAGUAAAAACAGUACAUUUUGAUAUCAAGUCCACAUCGACAGAAUAGGUACACCAAAUUAUUUAUAUCAUUUGUUAAAUCGCAGUUAGAAUAGCGAAGAUCUUUUGAGAUUUAGUAACAUUAAUUUAAUUAAUGUAAUUAAUAUAUUAAAAUUAAUAAAUAUAUCACUUUUGAAAAAAGAUAAAUAUAUAAAGCGAGAACAUUAAUAAGAUAACCUGACGUAUACAUAGGUACGAAAUGUAAUUAUUUAUUGCUGAAAAACCAACUAGACUUAUACCUUUGCCCUUCAUAAUAUCAAUCUAAAUCCUUAAAAUUUUAAAAUGUGGCGAAUGAUUUUGUAUUACGCAUUUUACACUCUGUGACAGUAAAUGGCGUGAAUAAAAAAAAUCUCACAGUU